CUUAUCUAUUCAGUUGUGCGUACAGUGUUGUUGUUUUUGUGUCAAACUCAAUUAUUCAAAGUCAAUAGCAACGGUUCAAGGUGAAGCUAACGUGCACCCCAAUUUAAGUCUUCAUUUUUCUUUGAUUUUUCCUCCACACACAGAUCACAACAGCAACUCUCUCACGCACUACUUUCUUUGACCACUUUGCUGUUUGCACUUUGCACUUUUGGUUCUUCCUCUUCCACAUCAUCGAUCAACACAGGUUGGAGUUGGAGACACGGUGUGUCACCAGAAAAUAAGGAUAAAAAGAUUAUUUUUUUUUUGUUUUUUUUUUUUUGUGUUGGGGAAUGGGAAAAAGGUUGCCCUUAUAUUUAUAUAACGGUAAUUUGGAAAUGAGUGGUAGUUAGAAGGCUGAGAAAGACUAUCCAGCAGAAUUUUUUCAUGUGGGGUUUUGUCAAGUCAAGAUUAUUUUCAGACUAAGGAGUAAGGGAUAAGAAGAUCCAGAAGCGUUUUGAGAAAGGACUGGUGCCACAAGAUACAGACUAGCAAUGGAUGAAUUUGCUAAUAAUGUUCAAGGUGACUUGUAUGCUGUAAAUGCAGAUUUUGGAAAACCCUACUCACUCCAAGGGUUCUCAACUAAAGAAAAUGAUGUGAAAGAACUGGAAAUAUCCCUGCAAGCUUUAACAGAAAUAGACUAUCGUUUAGCCUAUUUUUCUGAGAAGCUGGUGAACUUGCAUGUCCUUUAUAUUUAUCUAUUGGCCGAGGAAAAUGAUCUUGAAGCAAUGGAUUCAAAUAAUAACUGCAUCUUGGAAAACUUAUUUGAGAAGGCAAUGACAUUUGAUCUUUUGUCUGGCAUUUUAGACUCUGAGGUAAGAGAGCUGGACAAUUUCAUGGACACUCUCCAAGAAGAAAUUGUUGAUGCUCGUCAUAAAAUAUUCUCAUGCAAACAUUUGACUGAGGUUUUCUUUAUGAUGGACAAAAAAUUGCAUGACUCUGAAGAAUCUGUGAAGCAGUUUCAGCAGCAGUUAUUGGAGUUGAAAAUGCAAUCAUCCCAGUUACAGAAAACCUUUGAGGCUUUCCAACACGAGAAUUGUGAAACGGGGAAGGCCUUGAAUUUAUCAGGAAAUGGUCAACUGACAGAUGUGAAAGCAAAAUCCAACGAUCAGAUGGUUGAAAAACGAAGGUAUAUUCUGCGAAUGCUGGAGAAAUCUCUCACAAGGGAGCUAGAACUUGAAAGGAAGUUAGCAGAGUCAAGAAAAAAUGAAGAGUUAAAGCUGAAACUCCACUACACAGAACAAGUGGCAUUUUAUAUGGAAGAAGCAGCAGAAGUAGUUUGGGGAAGAUUUCUAGAGGCAGACAAUACUGCAGAGGUGUUAAUGGGGAUUUCUAAAGGUAUAAUGGGACGCCUUAAGAUAACUGAGUUCAACCUCAAUGGUUCUAUGCAACGCGAAAAUGAGCUGAGAUCAAAACUUCAAAGUUUGAUAGAGCAACUCAAGGAUAAAGAUGCUGCUUUAGAAAAGUUUGAGACAUGUAAUGCGGAGAGUAUUAAGGAAAAAUCUGAGUCUGAGGUGUUGGCUUUGAGAGAAAAGGUGAAAUUUCUUGAAGAAGAACGAAAAGAUUUUGAGUUUCGUAUGAAUAAUUUGAUUGCAGAGAAUGAAGCAUGUCAUGAACAACUACUUGAAAUGGAAAAUUUUGUUGAGUCUCUGAAGGAAAGCACUGACAUGGCAGAAAAUCGGGCUGACAGUGCAGAAGCGAAGGUUACACAGUUAACUGAUACCAACUUGGAACUUACUGAAGAGCUGAAUUUUCUUAAAGGGAGUGCUAGUACUGCAGAGAAGAAGGUUGGUUCACUUGAGAAGCAACUAAGGGAAUUAGAUAUCCAACUACAGAAUGCAAAGGCGUCUUCUGAAGCAAGUCAAGAACAGCAGAACAUGUUAUACACAGCUAUAUGGGAUACGGAAAUAUUAAUUGAAGAGCUUAAAUCAAAGGUUUCAAAAUCUGAAAGUAAUGCAGAGCAAUGCUUUGUGCUUUCUGAAACUAACUUAAAGCUAAAUAAAGAAUUGGAUCUUCUUAGGUCCAGAACAAUAAGCUUGAAAACAUCUUUGGAUCAAGCUAGCAAUACAAAAUUAUCAAGUGCAAAAGAAAUUGAUACUAAAACCAAGCUUAUCAUGGAUAUGGUCAUGCAACUAGCCUCUGAAAGGGAGCGCAUCAAUAACCAGUUAGAUGCUUUAAAACAGGAAAAUAAACAUUUGGUUGACAAGUUAAAGAAUACCAAAAUUGGUGUCCCUUUAGAUGCAUGCAACAAUGGACUAAAUAACAGAAACGAAGAUCAGGCUUCCAACAAUGACUCAAGCAAUGAUAGCUGUGCUAAAUCAUCAGAUGAAGAAGGAAUUGAUCAUUUUAAUAAGACCUUUCAGGCAGGUGGAUGAAGAAGGUGCAAGCUCCGAAACUCGAGUAACAUCAUCUAUUUCAGCAAAAAAGCCUGCAAAUUGGAGAAACUUGACAUUUCUUUCAGUAGCAAUUUUCGUCCCACUGGUUUCUGUGUUAGCAUUCUUCUUGUUUGACAAAGGAAACAUUUUCCUCAACAGCUUUUGAUUGCUAAGUUAUGGUCUAGCAUGUAGAAAAUUUGUUGUUUGUGCAGUUGCACUUCCCUCAAGUCUUUUAGCUUUUGUAUUUAAUAUUCAUGGGAUCUUAGAGUGGGUGUAAGCUAAUAUUACCAUUGAAUUGUAGGUUAUUUAUUCUACCAUGGGUGCUUAACAGAUAAAGAGUUUGUGUUAGACAAAGGUGCAAAUGAUGAAGAUAUGUGCUUUGGAGGUGCAAUAAUCAUGAAAAACAUAUAUUGUUGUCUUGGUGAGAGCUGCAACAAUCAUGUAAAGGGUUGAAAACACUAAGGGAAGUUGAAUAGGGUGUUUGGUUUUUAACAGUAUAAUACCAAGUUAUUAGACAAGAUUUUGACAAUGGCAAUCUUGAUUUGAAUUUGGCUAA